AGUCUCCAGCCCCCCACCAUGGAACCCCAUGUGCUGCGCCGAUUCUCCUUGGUGGACAACAGCCAGCAGAAGUGGACGCCCCAUCUGCGCUCUCUCUCCACGGCCCGCAGCACGGACAGUCUGGAUGGGACCGGGGAUGGGCCAAUCCGCCCCCUGGGGAACACAGCCACCAGUGUCAAAGGGAAAGCCCCCAAGAGGCUGUCCAUCACCCGAGCCCAUUUCCCCAAGCUGGCUGAAUGCGCCCACUUCCACUACGAGGCUGUGGACUUUGGACACAUCCAGCUCCUGCUGGCGUCCGAGCAAGGGGAGGGGCUGCCUGGUACCCUGGGGGACGGGGAGCUGCUCUUCAUCAUCCAGGUUACCUGCCAGGGGAAGACGUGGCCCGUUCACCGCAGCUAUGAGGAGUUCUGCAGGCUGGACGGGCACCUGCACCGCUGCAUCUUCGACCGCCGCUUCUCCCAGCUGCCCGAGCUGCCACCGCCCUGCCAGGCCCAGGAACAGGCUGAGAUGCUGGCCCCAGUCCUGCGGCAGUACCUGGAGAAGCUCUCUGCCAUUGUGGACAGCAACAUUAACUGUGGGCCCGUCCUCACCUGGAUGGAGAUCGAUAACCAUGGCAACCGGCUGCUGGUGAACGAGGAGGCCUCGAUCAAUGUCCCAGCCAUCGCGGCCGCCCAUGUCAUCAAGCGCUACACGGCCCAGACCCCUGAUGAGCUGUCCUUUGAGGUCGGGGACAUUGUGUCUGUAAUCGACAUGCCCCCCAAGGAGGAGAUCAGCUGGUGGCGAGGAAAGCACAGCUUCCAGGUCGGCUUCUUCCCCAGUGAGUGUGUUGAGCUCUUCCCGGACCGCCUGGCGCUAGGACUCAAAGCAGACACAGACGGGAUGGGCACCAGCAUCCCUGGGGUCCUCACGCCCCAGGGACCCCUCUCCCCCACGUUGGCUGCCCUGCCCCAGAAGUGGCUGUGUCCCAGUGCCGGGCGAGCUGUCCCCGUGCAGUGUUGUGUGUGGCUGUUCCCAGUCCGUGACGCAGUGUGUAAGAAGCACGGGAAGCUCCUCGGUUUCCUUCGCACCUUCAUGAAGUCCCGGCCCAGCAAGCAGAGACUGAAGCAGCGCGGGAUUCUGCGUGAGCGCGUCUUCGGCUGCGACCUGGGGGAGCAUCUCCUGAACUCGGGGCAUGAUGUUCCCCAGGUCCUGCGCUGUUGCUCGGAGUUCAUCGAGAAGUACGGCAUGGUGGACGGGAUCUAUCGCCUCUCGGGCGUCGCCUCCAACAUCCAGAAGCUGCGACAUGAGUUCGACAGCGAGCGGGUGCCAGAGCUGGGCCGGGCGACCUACCUGCAGGACAUCCACUGCGUGAGCUCCCUGUGCAAGCUGUACUUCCGCGAGCUGCCCAACCCGCUGCUCACCUACCAGCUCUACCGCAAGUUCUCGGAGGCCAUGGCGGUGCCCAGCGAGGAGGAGCGCCUGGUGCGGGUGCAUGAUGUCAUCCAGCAGCUGCCCCCACCCCACUACAGGACCCUGGAGUUCCUGCUGCGACACCUGGCCCGGGUAGCCACGCACAGCCCGGACACCAGCAUGCACGUCAAGAACCUGGCCAUCGUGUGGGCCCCCAACCUGCUCCGGUCACUGGAGCUGGAGGCUGUGGGGCUGAGCGGGGCAGAGGCCUUCCAUGAGGUGCGGGUCCAGUCCGUAGUGGUCGAGUUCCUGCUCAACCACGUCCAGGUGCUGUUCAGCGACAAGUUCACCUCCAUUGGCAAGGACUGCGCAGGUCGCUCCUGCCUCCCGCGCCCCAAGUCCCUGCUGGGCAGCUGCCCCUCGACCCGCCUGCUCUCGCUGGAGGAGGCUCAGGCCCGGACGCAGGGCCAGGUCCAGCUCACGGCCCCUGGCCAGGCCAAGAGCCCUGAGGCCAAGCCUGGAUGGGGCCCCCCAGGGACGCUGCCCCUCAUGCUGGACUCGCCCCAUGUCAGGCACCAGACGCGGGGCGGAAGCUGGAAAACCUUCUUGGCCUUGGGCAGGGCACCCGCCAGCAGCCACAAGAGAGUGCAGCACCCGGGCGGGCAGACGGGACUCCAGGCCGGGGCCGACACUGUCACGCUGCGAUCCGCCAAGAGCGAGGAGUCACUCACGUCCCAGUCCAGCACUGCGGGUACGAGGGGCAGCGCCAGGGUCAGGGAGGGGAUGUUCAGGGGGAAACCAACCCCAGAGGAGGCUAGCGACGCCUCUACGGCCCUGCCCAGGGCUCGCCCGGGUGCCCCAGAGCCCUGUCAAGCCGCCGCUCGUGUGUUGAGUAGUGAGUCCCGGCAUCCGGUGGUGCAGGAGAGCUGGCCAUGCCGGACUUGGCACCCCCACCGCGGCCUCCUCUGGCUGGAUGACGAGGGCGAGCUGGACUCGGAUCCGGAGCUCAGGCCCCCGGGCUUCCUGGAUUUGGACCCACUCCCCUUCCGGCACAGCCCCCCCCGGCGCCCCUCACUCUCUGAUGCCUCCGACUCGGCUCCUAGCCCUGCCCGCCUUCCCUUCGCCUGUAAGGUGGCCCGGGCACUGUCACCCUGCGGCCCGGAGCCCCCCACAGCCGCCCUGAAGAUCUCUGAGCCAGUAGCCAUCUCGCUGCCCACCAAAGUGCUGGAGAUGCUGGGGGGGAGUGAGGCCGGGGGGGUGCUGAGGCCCAGACAGCGCCGGGGGACGCACAGUCCCCCCCACAUGAUCUCCCGACUGCUGCAGGCCGGCGACGGGAUGCUGACUGACAGCUGCCAGCGCGAGGUGCGGCACAAACUGACCCAAGCUGAGAGCGGAAGCCUGGCCCAGAGUCCGGAGUUGGAGGCUUCCCCCCCACUGCCCGGGGCGCUGUGCCUGUUUCGGCACGUGCCGCCCCCACCGCCCCCGAAGAACCCGGCCCGGCUGAUGGCUCUGGCACUGGCGGAGAGCGCACACCGGGCCACCCGGCAGCAGCAGGGGGUGUCACACAGGGAGCAGCGUGCCCAGUUCCGGCGCUCUCUGUCCCUGGAAGUUGGCAGGGAAGGGGCAGCAGCGGGGCCAGGAACCCUGUACUCCGUGGUGCGCCCUGGCCCUGCUGCCCAGCUCCCUGGCCCCUCUCUGCAGCGCCAGCAGAGUGAGGAGGAACCCCGGGGCCAGCACCAGGAGCGGGCAGGGGGCCCCCAGGUCCUAUUGGUCCAAGCCCCUACCCCGGGUGGAGAAGGGGGCAGGGCCCCCUCAGCAGCCCCUCCCCAUUACAGCAAAGCCCCCCCCAACACCCACCACUGGGACCACCCACGCCACCUGCCCUGCCAGACCCAGCCGCUGCCCUUCCCCAAAGUACUGGCCCCUGGCCCCCGCCACCCGGUGGCCCCGCCCAAGCCCCCAGCCCCCCUGCACUUUCACACGCCCCCCGCGGCCUGUUUCAGCGUCACCCCCCCAUGGAUGGGCCCUCUCUCCUCUGCUCCUCCGUACCCUGUGGAGCCGCAGCUGCACCAGCGCCACCGCUUCCUGGCUCCCCACCCCCCCAGCGCUGCCACACCCCCGCGGCGCCCAGUGCUGGAGCCCACAACCGAGAACCUGUACUAUGAGAUUGUCCCAGAGCCGCCCGUCUACCGGCCCUGGCCUCUGGGCCCCCCGCAACCCCCAGCGCCCCCUGAGUACCUAGCCGCCCUCAACGCCUCUUACGGUGUCUUCCAGCGGCCCAGGCCUGGCCCCUCAGCCCCAACGCCACCCCUCUGGGCCGUCUUUGAGGAUGGGCGCGUCCACUACGAGCCACCAGAGCCCGUCUACGUCAACGUCCCCUUUGCUGGUCCUGCGGCAGGGCCAGAGGCCGGGGGGCACUGCCGUGGCAGGGCCAGCCCCCCUUCAUCCUCAUCCUCUGCCUCGGCCUCCCCUCUGCUGGAGGGUGGGCACCUGCGCAGCCGCUCUGACCCUGGCGCUGCCUGCGCCGCCCUGCGCCGCCCCCCGGUUCCGGCCCUUCCACAGAAGCAGAGGCAGGGCCUGCGGGCAGCACCGGGCUGGGCCUAUGGGCCCCCGCCGGUGCCGGGACUUUACCGCCAGCUGCUAGACGUGCUGCCCUGCGGCAGCACCAUGCUUCGGUUCUACCGCCCUGUGCCACCUGGCUGGGAGCCAGCCGGCGCCUGCACCACCCCCUUCACUGCCUAUGCUGAGCCCUCACCCCGGCCUCCUGCCCUCCUCAGCCCCAGCCUGAUGGACGGUUACCGGCUGGGGCCCUGCCCCCCCUACGCCGAGCGCCUGCCCCCCCAGUACAGCAAUGUGGAGAGGAAGGAGGGCCCCCCACCACCACCCACGUGCCUGGCUUCUAACUGGACGGUGCGCUCUGAGGGGCAGACCCGGAGCUACUGCUGAAGGGGGGGCCCAGGCUGGACCACGAGGGAGCCUGGGUGGGAGGCUGGAGGACCUGUGUUGAGCCCCCCCCCCCAAGUGCUGACACCCCCCCCGGGUGCAGGAUCUGAGCAUUGGCUGGGGACCGUUGCUGAGACAGUCAGGCUGUGACAUCAGAGGAGGCCCUAAUGACAUCACCGAGGUCUGUAUGAGACGCCUGAGCUGGUGCAGGACUGGAGUGACAUCACAAUGGGAUCAUCAAUGGCAGGAGGAUGGGCACUGUGACAUCCCAAUAAGGCCACCAGUUGCAACAGGACUGGUACAGUGACAUCACAACAGGGCCAUCAAUGGUGUUGGGAUGAACACCUGAUGUGACAGCAGCCCAAUUGCAUCGCUGCUCCCCCAUGAUGUAACAGCUGCUCUCCAGUGACAUCACCACAUUCUGUAUGAUAUCACCGGGCUGCGGUCGCCAUCACACCCAGUAUGACAUCAUCGCCCUCCUUGGCUAGGCGUCCACCUGCUGAUGCUCAGUGACUGCAUCAGUGUGAUAUAGGGAGGGGGCACUGGUGACAUCACCAGAACCAUGAUUCCUGCCUGACUCCACACCCCCCCCAGGGAGGCCAGUGUGGGGCAUAAAACUAUCAGGGUCUUGCCUCACUACCAGCCCUGGGAAUAGGGGGACCCUCCCUGCCCCCCUGUGUGUAGGGGGGCGGAGGGAUUUUCUAUAAAGCUGAGCAAGAUUUCUAACGUUUUAACCUUCCAUUAACCCAAUUAAAACACCCUUGCCCUGAGAUGGGAUCCCCCAGGGAGAGGGGGUGCCAAGGGUAGUGGUGGGAGGCUAAAGGAAAAUCCCUCCCCAGCCUACCUGUCUGACCUCCCUGGUCAGCAUAGGCUGAGGUGGGGGCAUACUCGGGGGUGGGGGGGGUUUGUAUGUAUCUGCCUAGAUCUAGGGGUGUGGGGGUGUGCCUACUGCCCCCUGCUGGAGGAGCUGAGCCCUGUUCAGGGGGUGUGAUGGUGGGUGCUCGGUUGUGUUCGUGGCUGUAGUUUUCUGGUUGUGGCAGGGGGUGUGUGUGGGGGGGGUAUGUUAUGGGGUAGCAGAAGGAACUGGGGGCACCCCCUGCUGGCCCACCCAGUGGCUGAGAGCAGCAAUUGCCGGGGGAGGGUGGUGACUGGCUGAUGUUAUUGCACUGACUCCCACUGUGACUUUGGGGGUCCCCUGGGAGUUAUGACCUUUGACCUCCCCAUACCCUGUAAUGCCCCCAACCCCAUGAUAAAGGGGCAGUGCUGUGACCACCUGGGCCCAGUGUGGGUGGGGUUACCCUGGGAGUGCUGACCUCCACCAACACCCUAAUCCUCCCAGCCAGAGUCCUACAGACAGUGGGGGGGGGCUAAUCCUGGUUCACCUAAUUCAGCCCCAUCCCCACUGCAGGGCCCUAAGGUGUUGGCUGGCUUGGGCAGGGGGGCGGGGUGCUGCUGUGACUGUUCCCCUGGUGAGUGUAUUUGUUGAAGAUCCUGCCCUCCCCCCAUUCUGUACUAAAUGGUUUCAACCAACCCCAUUAACUAAUAAAGACAACAACAAAAAAUAAACACCCCAAACUGCCCAUGUAGUUUCCUCCUCCUCAGAACACAAGACGUAGGGGUAACCCAAUACAAUUACUAAGCAGCAGGUUUAAAACAAACCAAAAGAAGGUCUUCUUCACACAAUGCACAGUCAACCUGUGGAACUCCCUGCCAGGGGAUGUUGUGAAGGCCAAGGCUAUAACAGGG